UUUUUCGUCGAUAUCUUUUGAGCUGACAACGCGAAAAACAACACGCUCAAAACCGAGCUGAAAGUGUCAAGCAGAAGACGGAAAGCAGCCAGAACGCUGCAAGUGUUGUGGCCCGUUUCAGAAUCUGUCAUAGACACACACUCAUGACGUCACAGACGUCAUAGACUCAAUCCGCAAAUAAGUUGCCCGUGAGAUGCGCAUCUUCAAAUUGUUCAGGCGCCGCGGCAGCAGCUUCUACUUGCCAUUGCUGCUGCUGCUGCUGGUCCACUGCAUCUGCAUGUGGCCCGUCCUGGCGGCCAGGGAUCGCUAUGCCCGCCAGAACAGCAAGCAGCGCCAUCAGGAUGCCUAUCGCAGCAAUGCCAGCCGUGCACGCAAUCGCGGCGGAGGCAGUGGCAAUCACGAGCGGGCUGCAGCGGCGGCAGCGGCAGCGAGCAGCGCUGCGCUCAUCGCUAGCGGCAGCUCCAUCGGCGACAACAACAAGGACACAUUCCCCAAGGGCAAAAUUUGCAUUGGCACAAAGAGUCGUCUGUCUGUGCCCUCGAAUCGAGAGCAUCAUUAUCGCAAUCUGCGCGAUCGUUACACGAACUGCACCUAUGUCGAUGGCAAUUUGGAGCUAACCUGGCUGCAGGAUCCCAACCUGGACCUGAGCUUCCUGGCCAACAUACGUGAGGUAACGGGCUAUAUACUGAUCAGUCAUGUGGAUGUGACGAAUGUGAUAUUUCCCAAACUGCAAAUCAUUCGCGGCCGCACGCUGUUCAGCCUGACUGUUGAGGAGGAGAAAUACGCCCUGUUUGCCACAUACUCGAAGAUGAACACCCUGGAGAUGCCCGAGCUGCGCGAUAUACUCGCUGGCUGGGUUGGCUUCUUCAACAACUACAAUCUGUGCCACACGCGCUCCAUUGUGUGGCGCGAGAUUCUGUCGGGCGCCAACGACGACUACAACUACACGUACACCUUUACGGCCGCGGAGCGCACGUGCCCGGCGUGCCAUCCGUCGUGCGAGCGCGGCGCUUGCUGGGGCGAGGGAGCGCACAAUUGCCAGAAGUUCAGCAAGAUCACCUGUGCGCCGCAGUGUGCGCAGGGCCGUUGCUUCGGCUCUGGCCCGAGGGACUGCUGUCACCUGUUCUGCGCUGGCGGCUGCACGGGACCCACGCAAAAGGAUUGCAUCGCGUGCAAGAACUUCUUCGAUGACGGCGUCUGCAAGGAGGAGUGCCCGCCCAUGCGCAAAUACAACCCGACCAACUAUGAGCUGGAGGCCAAUCCCGAGGGCAAGUACGCCUAUGGCGCGACCUGUGUGCGUGAGUGUCCGGGACACUUGCUGAAGGACAAUGGCGCCUGCGUGCGCAGCUGCCCCUCGGACAAAAUGGCCAAGGACGGCGAAUGCGUCGCCUGCAACGGACCCUGCCCCAAGACCUGUCCCGGCAUUGCGGUUCUUCACUCCGGGAACAUUGACUCGUUCAAGAACUGCACCGUGAUCGAGGGCAACAUCCGAGUGCUGGACCAGACCUUCUCGGGCUAUCAGGACAUCUAUGCGAACUACACGAUGGGCGCACGCUACAUACCCAUGCAUCCCGAUCGCCUCGAAGUCUUCUCGACGGUCAAAGAGAUCACCGGCUAUCUGAAUAUCGAGGGAGUGCAUCCGCAGUUCAAGAAUCUCUCCUACUUUCGCAAUCUGGAGGUCAUUCACGGUCGCCAGCUCAUGGAGAGCUACUUUGCCGCCCUGGCCAUUGUCAAGUCCUCGCUAUCCAGCCUGGAGCUGCGCAGUCUGAAGCGCAUCAACUCCGGCAGCAUCGUCAUACAGCACAACACGCAGCUCUGCUAUGUGAGCAGCAUACACUGGGCCGCGAUUCAGAAGACCAACGAUCAGAAGCUGUUCAUCAAUGAGAAUCUAAAUACGUCCGAGUGUCGCAAAACGGGUCAAAUCUGUUCGGAUCAAUGCAACAGCGAUGGCUGCUGGGGCGCUGGACCGGAGCAGUGCUUGAACUGCAAGAGCUUCAACUACAAUGGCACCUGCAUAGCCGACUGUCGCAAUGUCUCCAACACCUACCAGUUCGAUUCGAAGACCUGCAAGAAAUGCCAUCCGGAGUGCCGCACCUGCUCCGGCCCCGGCGCCGAGCACUGCGACGAGUGCGUUCAUGUGCGCGACGAGCAGCACUGCGUGACCGUCUGUCCGGAUGACAAGUACGCGGACUUUGGCAUCUGCCGCAAGUGCCACGAGACGUGCGAGGGCUGCACCGGACCCAAGAACACGAUUGGACACGGCGCCUGCAAUACGUGCAAUCUGGCCAUCAUCAAUGCGGACGCGACGGUGGAGCGCUGCUUGCGCAAGGACGACAAGUGCCCCGACGGCUACUACUGGGAGUAUGUGCAUCCGCAGGAGCAGGGCUCGCUCAAGCCGUUGGCCGGCAAGGCCAUCUGUCGCAAGUGCCAUCCGCGCUGCGAGCUGUGCACCAACUAUGGCUUCCAUCUGCAGGUCUGCUCCAAGUGCGCGCGCUACAAGCGACUGGAGCAGUGCGAGGACGAGUGCCCGAGCGAUCACUAUGCGGAUGAGGAGAGGCGCGAGUGUUUCGUUUGCCAUCCGGAGUGCAAGGGCUGCACGGGUCCCGGCGCGGAGGACUGCUUGGCCUGUGUCAACUUCAAGGUGUUUGCCGAGGGCGAGGUCUACGACAAUUCGACCAUGUUCAACUGCACCUCCAAGUGCCCGGCGGAGCAGCCGCAUGUCAACUACCAAUCGCACUUCAUUGGACCGCACUGCGUGUCCAGUCCGCCACGCGGCUCCAAGGUGACCGCCAACCUCAAUGUGAACAUGAUCAUCAUCAUCUUUGUGGCCGUCUUCAUACCUGUGCUCUGUGUGCUCUGCGUCAUCAUCUACAUCUGCCGGCAGAAGCAGCAGGAGAAGAAGGAGACCGACGAUUUGGCCAAAGUAUUCUUCGGCUGCGAUGACGCGGAGCCGCUGCGUCCCUCCAACAUGGGCGCCAAUCUCAGCAAGCUGCGAAUCGUCAAGGAUGCGGAAUUGCGUAAAGGCGGCGUCUUGGGCAUGGGCGCGUUUGGACGUGUCUACAAGGGUGUCUGGGUGCCGGAGGGCGAGAAUGUCAAGAUACCUGUUGCCAUCAAGGAGCUGCUCAAGACGUCUGGCGCCGAGUCCAGUCAGGAAUUCCUCAACGAGGCCUACGCCAUGGCAACUGUGGAGCACGGCAAUCUGCUCAAGCUGCUGGCCGUCUGCAUGUCCUCGCAGAUGAUGCUGAUCACACAGCUCAUGCCGCUGGGCUGCCUGCUCGACUAUGUGCGCAACAAUCGGGACAAGAUCGGAUCCAAGGCGCUGCUCAACUGGUCCACCCAGAUAGCCAAGGGCAUGUCCUAUCUGGAGGAGCGGCGGCUGGUGCAUCGCGAUCUGGCCGCACGUAAUGUCCUGGUGCAGACGCCAUCGCUGGUGAAGAUUACGGACUUUGGCCUGGCCAAGCUGCUCAGCUUGGAGUCCAAUGAAUACAAGGCGGCCGGUGGCAAGAUGCCCAUCAAGUGGCUGGCGCUCGAGUGCAUCCGGCAUCGCAUCUUCUCCAGUAAGUCGGAUGUGUGGGCAUUUGGCGUGACGAUUUGGGAGCUGCUGACCUUUGGCCAGCGGCCACAUGAGAAUAUACUGGCCAAGGAUAUACCCGAUCUCAUCGAGAUGGGCCUGAAGCUGGAGCAGCCCGAGAUCUGUUCCCUGGACAUUUACUGCACCUUGCUCUCCUGCUGGCAGCUGGACGCCGAUCUGCGUCCGACGUUCAAGCAGCUGACCAACGUGUUUGCCGAGUUCGCUCGUGAUCCGGGCCGUUUCCUGGUCAUACCCGGCGAUAAGUUCACCAGGCUGCCCGCCUACACCAGCCAGGAUGAAAAGGAUCUCAUACGCAAGCUGGCGCCAACCACCGAUGGGUCGGAGCCCCUGGUCGAGGCCGAUGACUAUCUGCAGCCCAAGGCGGCGCCCGGUCCCAGCCAUCGCACUGAUGGCACCGACGAGAUACCCAAGCUCAAUCGCUACUGCAAGGAUCCCAGCAACAAGAAUUCGAACAGUGGCGGAGGCGUUGGGGAUGACGAAACCGACUCCAAUGCCCGCGAAGUGGGCGUGGGCAAUCUGCGACUUGAUCUGCCAGUCGAUGAGGAUGACUAUCUGAUGCCCACUGGCCAGAGUAAUGGCAGCAGCAACAACAACAACAACAGCAACAAUCCCAACAACAACAUGGCGGCAGCAGCCACGGGCUACAUCGAUGUGAUAGGCGUGCCCGUGAGCGUGGAUAAUCCAGAGUAUCUGCUGAAUGCACUCAGCGCUGGCGAGGCGCCCAUUCCCACCCAAACCAUUGGCAUACCUGUGGCAGGUGUGCCCGGCAGCAUGGAGGUGAAGAUGCCGGGCAGCGAGUCCACCAGCUCCGAUCAUGAGUACUACAACGAUACGCAACGUGAGCUGCAGCCGCUGCAAUUGCUGCGCAGUCGCAGCACCGAGACGCGAGUGUAGCCACACACCCUCACGCACACACACACACACACACACACACACACCCACACAUAUAUACAUACAUACUGCCAGAAUGUAACAAACCGUUUUUGGAUAUCAAUCUUGCCACGUAGUACCCAAGUGCCUUGUGAAGCCAUCGCCAGUUGCGGAUGCAGUUGCUGCCGAUGCGUGCCUUCUGAAUGCUGUUAUCAUAGAUAAAACCCCAUUCGUCUGUAGUUGUAUAAACCAAACUCCCCCUAUUUGAAUGUAAAGUCUCGUUAUUACACUGUAGCGUACUUAGCAAGACCUUUCCAUAUAUACAUAUGUAUCUAUAUGUCCCACUCUAUAUCAAACAACUUUAGAUACGUAGAGAACUAGUUGUAUAUUUUACGUAGCGCUUGUAGAUUCAAUGUAAUUACGAGA